AUGGAUCCUUCAACCGACGAUGAUGAUAGAGAUGUGCGCAAAUCGUUUGAUUCCGUUUCUUGUUCAAUCUGCCUCGAGAUUGUUUCCGAUCGCUGUGGUAGAUCGUUCGCGAAGCUUCAAUGCGGUCAUCAGUUUCAUCUCGAUUGCAUUGGAUCGGCUUUCAAUGCAAAAGGAGCAAUGCAAUGUCCUAAUUGUCGGAAGAUUGAGAUAGGUCAGUGGCGUUAUGGUAACGGCAGCCGAUCAUAUCCAGAAUUCAAUAUGGAUGAUUGGACACGUGAAGAGGAUGCAUAUGAUCUUAGCUAUUCUGAACUGUCCAUGGGAGUUCACUGGUGCCCCUUUGGUAACUUUACCCAACUUCCUUCUUCAUACGAAGAAAGGGAAUUUGCAUCAGCUGCGUAUCAUGAUGCACUGGGACCACAUGCUAUGUUUUCCGAGCAUUCAGCCGUGUCUUCUGAAGUUUCUAAUUUCAAUCACUGGAGUGGUCCUCCUACACACGGCGACAUGUCAACAUCUUACACAAUUCCGGCGGUGGUUUUUCAUUAUCACAGUUGGGAUCACCAUUCCUCCCAUUUCUCUUCUGGUAGCAGCCAUCUCGGUGCUGCUGAUCAGUCAUCAGUAUCACAAAGUAAUCAAAGGCCAGCCAGGGGUGGUUCAGAGGUCCCUAGAUCCGGAUCUUAUAUGCUUCCGUUCCCUGUUGGACACAGUACUAUUCCUCGAGCUGGGAACUCUGCUGCAUCUUCCAUGAUUCCUCCUUAUGCAGGAAUCAAUGCUCGUGCCCGUGAUAGAGUCCAGGCGCUUCAAGCAUACUAUCAACAACAGCAACCUCCGAAUUCUACCACAGUACGGGCACCUGUUGCUUCUAGCGCUCGAAGAUCCAACGGUCACAGUGGGUCAGCUCUAUUAGCAUCUUUGGCCUCAGCACCAGAUCAAAGUGGUAGCUAUGUUUAUGUCCCAGGAGGACACAAUUUUCAUGAAGAAACCCGGCUUCCAAAUCAAUUACAUGCAUGGGAAAGAGAUCACUUGCCUUCAUACCAUCAGACUGCAGGCAGGUCAGACCCAGGUUACAUAUCUUCAAGCUAUCGAUUAAGGAGUGAUUCAGACAGAACACCUUCACAAAAUCGGUGA